AUGCUCCCAAACAAGAACGCUGUGGUCACUUCGGCCAAAGGGCUUGUGCAGUUCCAAUCCGAGAAUGCAACUAUCAUCCCUAGUGAUGAUGAGGUCCAAACAACUGGGCUGCUGUCCAUCUCAGAAUCGAGUGUCCACUUUAACAUGUUGGGUAAGGAACUAAAUUGUGAUCAGUUGAAUAAAUUACUGUUCGAAGGCGUUUUCUGAUCGCGGGCAAUGCAUCAACUCCCACUCGAUAUCUUGACAUUUGAAAUCACCAAGUAGCAUUAUGUGUUUGCUUUGACAAAUUUAUUUUAUGUCAGUGAUGAGUGCAUCGUCCGCACCCGUCCGCUGGCCUGACGGUCUGUAAACCAGGGCUAUAUGGAGGCUUGGAUGGUUUGGCACUUUCAGGUAAAAACUGACUAUUUCAUAAUUAAUGUUCCUGCAUGGGGAAGGCUCAGCUCUGACGUAGUCGAUGCCACCUCUUAAAAUAUUGCAACCUCCCACCCCUUCGUUCGUUUCGGUCAAUUCGGAGACGCUGAGAACCAUCUAGCAUAAUUUCCGCGUCUUCUAUCUGCGCAUUUAAUUAUGUUUCUGUUAAAGCCAUCAAGUCGGAUUGGAAAUUGGCCGCGGUCACUUUUAUUUCGUCCAUUUUGUCAAAUAAACUCUGCACUUUUGUUUACAUCAUUUUUAUAUUAUUCGUUUGUUUAUGUCUCUGGAAAUUGUUUGCUAGUGACUUUUACUGAUUGUUACUACUGGAUCUUUCGUAUGGCGUAUCAAGUCCACUAGUCGAUUUUGAAAUUACUGAACUUUGUCGGAACGAAGCGGAUGAUUUCACAAGAAGGAACGCUCUAUUUUAAAAAUUUGAUUGUUUCCUAUUUUUAGAUUCACUUCGUCCUGGCUCUGACAUUUUCUCAAUUCCACUAACAGCGUCCUCAUUUGUGUCCGUUCGAUUGGGUGAUAGCUCGGCUGAAAAACUCUCCACGAUGAUUGUUUCGAAGCCUGGGUUUCCGCGACAAAUGAGAUCUGCUUGCAGUUUGUUUCCCAAUACGACCGGUCUCGGCCGCACUUUCUCUGCGUUGGUUUUAACUAAAGCCCCUAAACGGAAGAUCUUUUGGAUUUCGACUACCUCACCGAGUUCUUGGGUGUCAUUCAGUAGGUUUUGGAAUGUCAGCAGAUCGGAUUUCACCCUCUCUUUCGGGUUGUCACCAGAUGCUUCAGGUACUCCAUGCAGUACCACAACAUGAUCUCUCGGGGAAAAAACUGGCGGUUGCAUCCUGCCCUCUUUUGCUGGGACCGCCUUUAUGGCUGUAUCCAGAUCAGUUGAUAAGUUGCUCGCGUCCGUAAUAUAUACUGUAACAUCUCGUUCAUCAUCCCCCGAAGAAGACGAAGAAGAAGAUGGGGCGAAUUCAUGGACCGAGUUAUAUUUGUACUGACGUUUCGGAAACCCUCUCGUUUCCAUCAUCAGAGUAAUGCGUUGACUGUUCCUGCUGGUCGGGGGAUGAUGAACGGGAUACAAUAUCUGGACCUCGAAUCUUUACCCAUAUCACUGUAACAUCUUUACUUGGCCGCCUCACCCGAGUUUUUGCAUUAUAACUUGAUACACAUGUGAAGGACAGGCUGAUAGCGCUCUCUGGUGGCGUAGGUAAGUCCAUACGAUUAAUUCCUACAGUUUUUUGGGGUUGUCGAUCGCUGUUUUAUUUUGGUGCAGACGGACUCUGCAUGAUCCAGAUUUGUCAAAAUUAUGGAAAUGCGAGAACCAGCUCCAUCUCUGUCUGUUUUUUUUAUUUCCCUCCACUUCGGUUGAGUCCGAAGACAAAUUAGUCAGAAGCCACAAAUUAGCACCAAAAUGAUUAAGUAAAUCACGUUACGCAUGGGAUAAUGAGAAACCAAUGAUCGUUUUUGGUUGAACAGUGGCCAUAUUCACUUACGCAAGGAAGGUCGUCAAAGGCCCGGACCCAAUAUAGUUAAUCGAACCUUUCCCUUACUCGAGCUGCUGUGUCCGUCUGGGAUCCCACCGCGUCAGUCGAGUCCUCCCGAUUCCCUUUUAUCGCCUAAGACAACGUGUCCGAGUCUCAGGUUAGUCGGCCUUCCAUGCAGACGGGCUUGUAAUUCGUCUGACCUUUUUUAGCCCUCAUAGGGAUUAACCAUUUAACAACAUAAGGCCUGAUCAUUUAGCCAGCCCUAGAAACAACGCUCACUCUCCGAACGACGGCAGUGUAUGGCACGACCCCACUCAACAUGACGAAACAAUAUGAAACCUAUACUCGCUUUUCAAGGUUCACCCCUUGAUCCCGUUUGUAAACCAACGAAAAAAUGAUGACAAUUCCUUCAAUUAGCCAUCUAUUCACGUCAGUAGCUGGUCGUGUCUGCAUAGGAACCACACCGUUAUCCCUUCCGUUCGUUAUAAUGUAUGACCUUCAAUUAAUAAUCCCUCCUGCCAUCAUAUUGUUGCUACUAUUUGGCAAUGUCAUUGUGCAAUCGUUCGAUUUAUAAUGCGGCUCAUACUUGUAUGAGUUCCCGAAGACAGCUAUAGCAAAUACUGUCACUAAUUAAAAUGGGCCGAAUGAUAUUCAACUUAGUAAAGCGGGGGUUUCGCUGAGAUAACAGAAACAUGUCAACAAAUGAAUGGAAGGGGAAUGAGCGGCAGUUUAGCUCUAACUCAAUAAAAGCACAGUAUCAAAAUUAGUAUGUACCUUAGGAAUGAGUUAUCGAGUAAUGCGGUCUACCGUGUAGGGACGACAGAUGGCUCAAUGUGCUUAGUGUCGGUUCUGAUCUCUCCACCCGGCCACCUACUGGUCAUAGCAUCUGCGUUGUACAGUGACCACGACCCAGUAGCCGUUUUGAUUGGUCGGCUUAACCGGAUGGGGACAUCAGGUAUAGGGGGUUGCUCUACUUUUCGUGUUCCACGUCAAUUUUAUCUCCUGUUCCAUUCUUCCUCAAAUUGAAAAAUUCAUACCGAGUGAUCAAGCGCGAGCCUUCAGGCGGCUCAGACUAACUCGGGCCGUCCUUCUACUAAAUUAUGUUCGUAACGCAUGGUUGAAUUUGACAGAAGCCUACGACGAGUAAGCAGAUCUGUUGAUCUCUCGUAGUGGAAGGAUUAAAAAUUUGCACUAAAAGAAUACCGGGAAAUCAUGCCGCUCAUCAAUUGGCCUUGGCUAGUGGUCGCAAAAUGCGAGAGCAAAACAGUUCACAUGGUCAAAUCGCACGUCCCACUCUACAGGCUACCCAAAUGAUCCUGAUUAAUCUGACAGCUCGAGACGCUCGAUCUUGUUCAGACAACCUGCUGAGCAAUCGGUCCGAAUGGAGGACAGCAUUGAUCGCUCGAGAAAUAGCACCCCGCCAGGUUGUCACUGCUGCCUUCAGCGAGACCUGAUUCCCCUAACAAGGUAAGCUGGCAGAGGUGGAUGCUGGCUACACCACCUUUUUGGACGGCCUCUUAAAGACAAAACGAAGUGAUAUUGGUAUCGCUUUUGCCGUCCAGGUCUAUAUCGUUAUACAACCACCCUACCCCCUGAGGGUACCAUCGACCGUCUCAUGCAUCUGCGCUUGCCGAUACCGAGCGACGACUUCUCUACCGUCGUCGGCUGCGCUUUCAAAAUGAAUAGCCCCAUAGAGAUGAGGUACGAGUUCUACGAAAGUCUGAAUGCCCUCCUAAUGACCGUGUGGAGGGCAGACAUACAGAUUUUUCAUAUUGAAUUCAACGUGUGCACUGGCACAGACCACGCUGCCUGAGACGGAGUGCUGAACACCCCGGAAUCAGUUCACGCAUGCACAACGGCAUACUCCUCCGACAGACAUGCGCGAAACGUAACCCCCUUCUUCUUCCAUUCUACGAAGCGGAUACACUUUCCCUUGCAGCGCUGCAAGCUGCUGAACAACGUUCUCUUUCGUUGUCACGACCACUGGCAAAGGCCAUCUGCGAUGCCAACGGCCGCACCGAACACAUCCCUAUUUCCCUAAGAUGAAGCUAUAAAUCCAUUUCAGCAGGAGACCGCAAGGUAAGCGACGGCUAAACCAAUUACAUGCCCUCCACUGGAUAUGACUGACUGCCGAUUAGAUUUCGACAACUAGCUGACUCACGUGAAAGCCUAACGGAAACCGGCAAAUCUACGACAAUUACGGAGGCACCUUGCUAUAUGACGUCGGCGAAACGGCUUAUCUCCUGUCCUACUCAACAGUCUUCACGUGCACUUUGAGCAGGGACUUCUCUCGGAAAUCCAAUGUAGAUUUUAUAGAAGUCGCCGAACCAUCGACACUAUCUUCACCGCCCACUGACGACAGAAGUAUCCGAAGGUGAGGGCCAACCUCUGUACCACCGUCUUUGUCCUGCCAAAGGCCGUCAACACCAUAAGCCACGGCAUUUGGAUGACCGGUGCAUUUUGCUUAAGUGAUGUGCAAAUUUUGCGGACGAGGCAGCCUCUGAAGUAUUCGCGGUGACCGCAGGCGGGAAUCAAGGCUGCAUCCAACAUAUUUAGUCUCAUGAUUUCGGCUAUGCUGAUAGGCACCUGCUGUGUGGAGUGGCCGGGGUUGACAUCAGCUACUGAACUCUUCAACAUCCAUCGCCUGAAAGCAUCGUCGGGUGUGUCCAAUGCCAGCGUUCACAAAUAAUUAAUCGCGGAUGACUGUGAUUUAAACAGGGCAACGAAGGAGGACAUGCAGCGGAGUUGGGAACUUCUCGUCUUCGUUUGCAAAUAUAUCCGACUGACCACCAACACAGAGGGGAUGGGGACUAUCAACCAAGAGGCGCUGAACACGGUCUCCAAUGAACUCCUUUAUGGACGUUAGCGGGAGUGAACAUAUGUCAGUAAGCAAAAUCGCACAUGUCGGAAUUAAAAUUUCAAGAGAUGUAAAACUCGAAAUGUCCAGCAAUGUCUGCGAAUCUAAGUAGGCCUAUGAUGGGCUACAGGACUUCGAUUCGAAUGAACGCGGUUCAAAACUCAGCAUGAGACUGAAGACGCUUGCGACCACAGGCGCUGCUAUAAGUGAGAAAGUUAAACGCAUUUCUGAACGCAAAUUCUUCGUUCUGUUAAAAUAGGUCGUGCCAUCUAAGAACGGAUCGGGUCACUGUGAAAAAUAUGGCAGCUUUAGGGCAUGUAAACUCGGGGAAGGGCACGAGAAUAGAAGGCCUGCGUAACAUUAGUGGCUUCGCGGUGAAUUCAAGAAAGACUGAGGCUUGGGUUGGUGUAUGGGCUGAGUUUUGGGUCAGGGUUAAGGUUUUCGACACAGAAAUAGGUGCACUUCCCGGAACUUAGCGCAAGGCAACCUGUAUUAGGAGGUUUGGUUGUAGUUUCCACGUCUUACUGAAUUCCGAUUUAUGGAACAGUAAAAGUCGUGCUGUGAAACAUACGAAAAUAUUCGGUUAAUUAUCGAAUGCAAUAAUUCAAACAAAUAUCCUGGCGGCGUUCGCGCCGAAACCCAUAAAAUAAUGAUUCGAUUUUCCUGUCAUUCUAUCAAAUAUUAUGUCUGUGAGCAUCGGUCAGUACAUUUCGAUUAAACAACAGAAACCCCGAAAAUUCCAUUUAAACAGUACAGGUAUGAAGGAAAAUAGUUAAAUAACAAAAAUUUUGCAUGCAGUUUUACUGUGCAUAAAUCCAAUAGUAGAACAUAAAGGCGAAAAAAGUAUGGCAUUUCCGAAAUAAUUGCGAGAAAAAUUUGUUCCCUGGAUUCGCACUGUGAGAAUUUUCAUAUCGAUCAAUGAUAGUGAGCAAAGAGGAUCUGUUUAAAUCGUGCUAGUAGUAUGUUGAUAGUCAUUUCAGUAAUCUGCUAGAUCGGGCUUCGGCAGUUCGGGUUGCCUUGUAGCAGGUGAUUAUCCAAUUGUCUCUUGAACACACUCAUUUUAGGGGAAUUAACAACAUACGUCGUCAGAGAAUUCCAUUGGCGAACGGCCGUCUGUGAGAAAAAGGAGGAACGUUGAUUUGUGUUGAAAAGUUCCUUUUUAAGCGGGUAAUCGUGUCGUCUGUGAUAAGGCUUUGGUGCCAUUUCCAAAAGUGUUUCCCAGUCGACAUCCAGAUCAAGUCCUCUCAGCAAGUGAAACAUUGCUAUGAGGUGACCUCCAUCCUGCCUGUAGUUGAGAGCAUAGAGGUUCAAGGUCGUCAGGCCUUGCUCGUACGCAAAAUUGUUUAGCUCAUGAACAGCCUUUGUAGCACGUCGCUGUACACCUUCAAGAAUAUCCAUAUCCCUCGGAAGCCACGGGUACCAAGCCUGUACCGCAUAUUUCAAAUGCGGACGCACAAAUGCUCCGUAUACCUUGUCAAAGACACCUGCAUUCAAAUUAAUAAAGUUCUCGUAUCGCGCCCAUGACUAACAUUGCCCGCGUAGCGACUUGAGAACGCUGCGUGGCGACGAUUCCGUCGUCUUUGAUGAAUAUGUCGUGACCUUUUUGCACAUUCACGGUUUCGAGUGGUUGAUUUUCUAGGAGAUACUGUGGUGAUGGCGUAUUUGUUCUUGGCCUUGCUGAUACUAUAUGCGCUACCGCACAUUUUGGCGCUGAAUUUCAUGCACCAUUUUUCGCUCCAUACGUGCAUAUUCUCUACGUCCUCAGACAGUAUCUUAACGUCAUCUUCAUCUUUUACCACCCUCCAAAGUUUAAGAUCGUCUGCAAAGCGUGCUCUGUCCGAUUUCACUUCCCGUACUAGGUCAUUUACAUAGAUAAAGAAUAGGACUGACCAUAGAACUGUCCCUUGUGGGACUCCGCUUAUAAAAGACGCCCAUUCUGAGCAGUAGCCACCCGCAGUGUUUUUUUGUCUUCGACCGUUUAAGAAAUCUUGAAUCCAACUCAGGAGAUUUCCUUUCAUCCCUGCUACUGACAACUUUUGAACGAGGCGCUUAUGUGGAACGCAACCGAACGCCUUGCUGAAGUCGAAGUAAAUGACAUCUACUGGAUGUCCUCCAUCCAUGACCUUUGACCAAUUUUCGAGCGACGCAAGUAGGUUUUUGAGGUAGGCAUUUUUUUCACAGAAGCCAGUUUGAGCUAAACGGAUGUGGCAGGAGAAGGUAUUGAACGAUUUAAUUGAUUUUUUACCUAUAUUUUUCCUGUAGUUUGCAGCAAAUGCAUGUCAGACUCGCUGGCCGGCAGUUAGUGGGAUAUAGCCGUGACCCUCCCUUUUGGAUGGGUACGACAUUUGCCAACUUCCACGUGUCCGGAAGGAUGCCAGCUUCCAGUGAUUUUCGGAAGAUUAUAAAGGGUGUUUCUGCUAAUUCUUCAGCCAGUUGACGUAGGAGUACACUUAGGAUCUCAUCUGGUACAGGUGACUUGGUCGGAUCCAACUUAUUUAACUCUGCCAAAACUAGCUGCGGUGAGACAACUGUGAAAACCUCGGCGACCUCGGCGGAAUUCGAACCCACAACAUCAAGGGAAAGUCUUGGGUACAGUCAACGCUCCGGUCACCUGCGCCUUAAAGCCCCAUCGAGAACAAUAAAAUUGCUUCAUUUCCUAAAAUGUAUAUUUCUGUGAGAGUUAGUUCAUACUCACAAGACAUUUCUUUUUUAUAAGAGCCUCUGACAAAUUACUCAGCCUAUACCGUUCUAUUCUGAAUGAGUUACUCCGAAGUAACAACAUUAGUUUCUGAGAGGACUAAGUUGCGAAAAUUUCAAUGCCGUAUUAUCUAUCAGAUAGCACGCGGGGAAGGCUUGUGGAUGCAUGGAUGAGCCGACAUCCUCGCAGCUGUGGCGUGCAGUAUAGCGUUACCGAGAAAGAAAAAAGGGGCUGGAGCGGCCGUUUCUGACUUAUUGGCCGUCGUCAGACACAUCUAAGACACAACGGGACCAGUAAAUACCGUAAAAUGAUCGACAAACGACUCUUUACCAUGGCAUGCAAUGAUAGGAUAACGGCAAAACGCAUGUCUUGGCCUUCAUAUAGCAGGAACCUACGAUGUCAGUACGAUAAAUAAAGCAGCAAGUCCUAAACAUGCUUUGAAAAAAUACGAAUCCGACCCAGCAAAAAUAAAUAAGGAUGGGCUCGUGUGAGUCCGCGCCUCCUUGCACUACACCACUUUGUCACGUCACCAUCUUAUUCGUCUCACACGCCCUGUCGAUCCGCUGCUGGGGCGCGCGAGGCUUGUCACUAGCCUCUUGAAUGCUCGAGGGCAAUUAAUGUGGUCCUUUCUCUGAUUACCUGGCGGACACUGAGGCAAAGCGAAAGGCGCACGCACAUGCAAUGGUCUAGGCAUUUCAACGUCAGACACAAGAGGACCUGUCCGGAGAGACCGCUAGAAGCGCCUGCUUUCAGAGCCUUUGUAUGCACACUUCCUCAGCAGUAAAGGCCGUCCGGCUCAAUGCGUCUUCCCUGACUUUUGAUUUGGAAACCUCAGUAUUUUCAAAAAUACCGUCCUGAAAAUUAGUGCCCCCGACGUGAUACGAAUACGCAACCUUCGUUUUAUUUCCACCACACUCGAAGUGGCAGACGUUUCUUGUUUGACACUCGUGCGCAGCUGAGUGUCCUUCCGCCCACAUCAGCUGAUUUUCGGUACCCCAGACCCGGACUCUUCCUUCAUGUCGUCAAAACGUCGCCCAUAACCACAUUCGGCCUCUGCCCCCUCUCUCUGGACAUCGGCCUCCGGCGUCCAUCCUCCUGGAUCGUCGUUGUUGACAUCCCCUGUGCCAUUCUCAGCGCAGACUUCCUCGCCACCUUCGACCAUCUAGUCGACUGUCUUCGUUCCCGUCUACACGACAAGACCACCGACCCCACCGUCCAGGGUAUCUCUCCUUUCAACGUUUCCUGUUAA